ACAAGCCUUUUCUUUUUUUUUUUUUUUUUUUUAAGAGCGAGGAAGGGAGAGAGGUUGAGAGAAGCAUUAAUUUGUCCUACUCAUUUAUGCAUCAUUGGUUGGUUUUUGUGUGUGCCUUAACCAGAUAUCAGACCCACCACCUUGGUGUAUCGGGAGGACACUCGAACUGAGCCACCCAGCCAGGGUUCUCCCACCAACAUUUCGUGAUUUUUUUCAACGCAGAGUCGUCAUCAGUUGGCAGUUGUCUUCAGUGAACUGUGCUGUAGUUCAGUUGAAACAAAGGAGAGACAGCCUGGCAGCUGAUUGUUCAAGGAAAGGCAAGACAAGACUUAGGAAGAAGAUUCUUUUUGUUCCAGACAAGACUGGGCCUCAGUUCUCAAAGGUGGUGCUGGUGGUAUGUCCAACACAGGAGCAGACUGUUCCAGAGCAGUAUGAUGACGGUUGCAGUCCAUGUGCUGGGAAAGGAGGCAGUGCUCUUGGGAGAAACAGCAGAGACCUCAGGCUUCAAACUGAAGCCAGCAGAGGCCCAGCCAGCAGGCAGGUCCCAGGAUGAAGAAAUUUGGAGUGCAUAUCAGGAUCUACAACAGCUGAGCAGGAGUACUCAUAAAGAAACUGAGCCUGUGUGUGAGAGGGCAGUGCCUGUUCACCAGACCCAAGACUUUCCUGAGCAGACAAACACCAAAGAUUGGACAGUGGCACCUGAGCUCUUCUUGCCUGAAUCUCAGAGCUUGUUGACAUUUGAAGAAGUGGCUGUGUAUUUUUCCCAGGAAGAAUGGGAGUUACUGGAUCCCAAUCAGAAGGCUCUCUACAGUGAUGUAAUGCAGGAAAACUAUGAGACACUCAUCUUUCUAGCCAUGUUUGUACACCUCAAACCUAAAGUGAUCUUUCUAGAGCAAGGAAAAGAGUCCUGGGUUCAGGGAUCCACCGAGUUCGUGGACAGUCCUGGAGAGCUGCCUGUAGGAUUAAAGCUCAAAAAUGAUGCUGAGAAUCAUCAAUCUAUGUGCCUUCCUGAUUUAGAAAUGCAAACACCAGGAGACAUCAUUUCAAAAAUGAACAGAGUAAAAGUUCUCCAGGAAACACCAAUCAAAGAAAAUCAUGGUGAAAUGCACAGGGUGGGGAAAUGGCACCAAGAUUUUUCAGUGAAGGAAAGAGAGAAACUUUCGGCCUGGAGACAAGAGCUGCUGACACUUAUGGAUCGUCACAAGAAAGAGCGUGCAGCAGAGAAGUCUUUUAAAUGCCAGGAAUGUGGGAAAAGCUUCAGAGUUAGCUCUGACCUUAUUAAGCACCAAAGAAUUCACACUGAAGAGAAACCGUAUAAAUGCACACAGUGUGAUAAGAGGUUUAGAUGGAGUUCAGAUCUUAAUAAGCACUUCACAUCACAUCAAGGAUUAAAACCAUAUAAAUGUUCAUGGUGUGGGAAGAGCUUUGGUCAAACUUCAAAUCUCCACACACACCAAAGAACUCACACUGGAGAGAAGCCCUUUACAUGUUAUGAAUGUGGAAAAAAAUUCAGUCAGAACUCUCACCUUAUUAAACACCGGAGAACCCACUUGGGCCAGCGCGGGCUUGCACUCGGCCAGGAAGUUGAGCCAAGUGCUGGAGUUUUGCCAAGCCCGGGGCCCAAGACUGGCUCUCUCCGAGGCUGGAGCGGCUGGGCCUUCGGAUCUCCUGGAAUAAACUGCCACUGUGCCUCCCACCAUCCUGCUUGUGAGCCGGAGGCUUUUGCUAACUCCCAGCCCCCGGAGUGCGCCGCGGCCUGCCUGAGAUCCUCCUGCAGUUCGCGGCGAGAUGCCGGAGGUCUGCCUAACCAGAAUGCCGAACAGUUGGUGCAGUCCCCCAAAAUGGCAGCUAAGAUGGAGAUAACUUUGAGCUCUCAGUCCCACAUUCAGGCUUCCUCAAAGCAAGAGAGACACAUCAUAGCAAAGCUAGAAGAAAAACGGGGAGCAUCUCUGCGAAAAGACUGCCCAGAUCCUGAGGUGUCCCGCCAGAGCUUUAGACGGUUUUGUUAUCAAGAAGUGUCUGGACCCCAAGAGGCACUCUCCCGUCUCCGACAGCUCUGCUGGCAGUGGCUGCAGCCUGAGGUGCACACCAAGGAGCAGAUUUUGGAGCUACUGGUGCUGGAGCAGUUUCUGAACAUCCUGCCCCCAGAGAUCCAGGCUCGGGUCAGGCAUCGAUGUCCAAUGAACAGCAAGGAGAUGGUGACUCUGGUGGAAGAUUUUCACAGAGCAGCCAAGAGACCAAAGCAGUGGGUGGCCGUUUGCAUGCAGGGGCAGAAGGUGCUCUUGGAGAAAACUGGAUCUCAGCUUGGAGAACAGGAACUGCCAGACUUUCAAUUGCAAACUCCUAGGAGAUAUCCUAGGGAAACUUGUCUGGAGGAGCCUUCCCAGGCAGGACCUCAGGACGAGCUUAGCACCCAUCAUUGGGAAAAAUCCCCAUUCCUUCUGGAACCACCCACCAAAUUGGCUGGGACAGAAGCCCCCAGAAUGAAAAGUGAGAACAAGGAGAAUCCACAACAGGAGGGAGCUAAAGGAGCAAAACCAUGUGUAGUGUCACCAAACAGGUCCAAAGGGAAUGGUCUGCAGAGUCCUGAACCAAGAGGGGCAAAUACAAAUGAAUCCCGGUUGUCACAGAGGCAAGUCAGUCCCCCAAAUGCUCAAAAGCCAUUCACUCACUUCCAGAAAUAUUGCAGAGAACUGGAAUACAUCAGCAACCUAAAAAGCCAUCCACUGAGAGAGCUAAAGAAAAGCAAAGGAAGUAAAAGAAGCAAUCGUUUACAACGUCUUAGUCACCAGCCAACCCAUUUGGUGAAGAAACCUUACAAAUGCGAUGACUGUGGGAAAAGCUUCACAUGGAAUUCAGAGCUGAAAAGACACAAGCGAGUCCACACAGGGGAGAGACCCUACACGUGUGGAGAGUGUGGGAACUGCUUUGGGCGGCAAUCAACUCUGAAACUGCACCAGCGGAUCCACACUGGAGAGAAGCCAUACCAGUGCAGCCAGUGUGGGAAAAGCUUUCGCCAGAGCUCAAACCUCCACCAGCAUCACAGACUUCACCAUGGGGACUGAAAGCAGAGCUUUGGUCUUUCUGUUCAGAAGGAAGGUAUUUGCGUUUCUCCUUUACCUUACUUGCAUUUAUGGUAAAUCCCAGUCUGUGUGACUUAUAAGGAAAGCAAGAGGUCCCUGAGGAAUAACGGUGUACAUUUCACGGACUUCCAGAAGAAGCUGGUGGGGACGUGACUAUGCACAGAUGAGGUGAAGAAAUGGCAGGUCUGAGUACUGGUUGAAAGGGAACUGGGGUUUCUGCUGGAGAGCAGGGUGUAACUACUGAGGGAGAAUCAGGAUGAUCCUGCAGGUGCCCCCACCCCAUGUUAAAUCUUUCCUGCACUGCUUUAUUUAUCCUCAAAGGUAUAUCCUAUAUAUAGUUAUACAUUUACUGUCAUACCAGACAAUCUUUAUCAUGCAUAUGCUUCCUAAUAAAGAUGGGUGAGCCACAAGAAUGUCAAAGCAUAAGUUCAUUGGCGUAUAAAUCCCCUUCUUUCUGUAAUUCCUAGCUAUUCAUAACAAAGAAUGCAUGAAGGGAGGGUAUGGUAUGAACAUGUUUGUGCAAGGAGAGGGUUUCCAGAUAAUUAUAUACACAGUGCUUUUACUAAAUCAACACACACACACACACGUUGAGGGAUAUCUUUAUACCAAAGCACCCUUGUUUUAGCAAAAGAAGAUCUACACAGUUGCUGCCACCCUGCCCGAGCAACAGGGCAAAGCUACAAGAAGCAAGCAGUGGAUGUAGACUGCUAAGGGGAGUCAAAGGGAAUCCUUACUAGUCUCCUUUCUUACUUAAGCCAGUAGCUUUAAGAACAACAAAAUGGGGUGAUGAAAACGUUCUGAAACUGGAUUAUUUUGGUACAUUUACUAAAAAUCAUUAAAAUGAGUUAACUGUAUGAUAUGUAACUUAAGCCAAAAUGAAGUUUCUAAAAAUGACAAAAUAUAUAAAAUGUUAAAGUCCUGGAACAAGGCCUGAGAGAUCAUCUAAUCCUACUCUUCAACUGUCAAAGAGGAAAUUAAAACCCAGUCAGUAUACAAUCUUUAGUCACCCUGGGCAAGCCAGCUGAUCUUUCAGUUUAGAGAAAACUUCUGGUAGAUGGGCGCACACUACCUCAAGCAGAAAAUGGGUAGAUAGCAUUGCUCCCAAAGCAUCAAUAUUCUAAAGUCACUGCCAGUCACCUCAGGGCCGUAGCUUGUGCUCUUGUUACCCACCCCACUCCCAAGAAUAUUGUGAUUCUCCUUGCAACACAGGGUCAAGUGCACACACCUGUGUCCCUGCCUUCCAAGUCUUUGCCCUUAGUACCUGCCACUCCCCAUUCCCUGCUCUCUCUCUCCCCUCUCACAAGUUACCAGCUCUGCACAGUGUUCUCUGACAACUUGUAGGCAUACAUAAACCUACACACCGACUAGCACUCAUUCCCAAAGGGUCAUCUGCCUCCCUGACCCAGUCCAGGUUUCCUUUGGCAAAUAAGGUGAUGAGUGUCUGUGAGUGUCUAAAAACCUGGAGGAAGUCUCCUGAGUGUCCAACAACAUUUGUAAUCUCAGUUCUUCAGAUGUAGGUUCCCCAUCUCCCUCACUCAUGCUUGGUUCCAGUAGAAGGUCUCAGCACAAAACACUGGCUUGCAGUCAGCUACCCAUGUAAGAAAAUAAUCUUUCUCCUCUUGUGUGCAGCCCUCUCCCAUGGAGCAGCCUGAAAGUUUUACUAUCUUUUCUGGGUUUGCCCUAUCUUUUCUGGGUAUGUACUUACCCAUAGUGGGCUGGGAUGACUCCUAUUCAGGUACUUGGUCCUCUGUUACCUUCAGAGAGACAGGGAAUGGGGGAGCAUUCAUGCAUAGAUGAUGGAGGAGGGUGUGGACCUAGCAGAGUUCUCUGAAAAGCAUUAUCCAUCUUCAGCAGACAAGGACUUGUAAAACCUGUCCUAGGAUACCAUCGUCACUCCCAACAAAAUUAACAAUAACUCCCUAAUACCAUCCAAUAGACAGUGUUGAAAUUUCUCCCACAUUUCUAAAACAAAAGUGCUAUUUAUUAUAGCUUUAUUAAGGCAUAUUUCACAUACCAUAAAAUUCAAUAGUUUAAUAUCUAUAUUCACUGAGUGGCACAACCAUCACCACAAUCUAAUUUCAGAAUAUGUUCAAUAGCCUAAAAAGAAACCCCAUCACCAUCAGCAGUCACUCCCCAGCCCUGUGCCCCUUGAACACCCUCCUCUUCAGCACAAUAUAUUUGAGGUCCCUCCAUGUUGCAGAAAUUAUCAUUACCAUAUGCUCUUAUGGGUGAACAAUGUAUUAAUAUUGUAUGGAUGAUCAUCUUUUGUUUAUCCAUUCAUCAGUUGAUGUACGUUGGGGUUGUUAGUAACCCCAACUUUUGGUAAUCCACUUUUUGGCCAUUAUGCUGCUAUAAAAGGAGUUAGUAAAACAAAACAAAAAAGAAUAAUGCUGCUAUAAACUUUCGUGUACAGGUUCUUCUGCAAACAUGUGUUUUCAUUUUUCUCGGGUAUAUACCUAGGAGGGUUGUAUGGUAACUCAGUGUUUAACCAUUUGAGCAACUGAUAGACUGUUUUCCAUAUGGUCUGCUUCAUUUUACAUCCCCACCAGCAGUGUGUGAUUGUUCUAAUUUUUCCACAUUCUUGUCAACACUUACCUU